AUGUUUUACUUUUUUCUUGCCCUUUUUUCAUCUCUGAUUUUGCUUCUUUUUUUCAUCUUUUGCUUUACUUUCUUUUUUAUCAUCUCUUGCUUUACUUUCUUUCUUUUCAUCUGUCGCUUCUCUUUCUUUUCAUCUGUCGCUUCUCUUUCUUUUCAUCUGUCGCUUCUCUUUCUUUUCAUCUGUCGCUUCUCUUUCUUUUCAUCUGUCGCUUCUCUUUCUUUUCAUGUGUCGUUUUCCUUUCUUUUCAUGUGUCGUUUUCCUUUCUUUUCAUGUGUCGUUUUCCUUUCUUUUCAUGUGUCGUUUUUCUUUCUUUUUUAUGUGUCGUUUUUUCUUUCUUUUCUUCUAUUUCCCUUUAAAUUUUCUACUUUCCCCCUUCAUUAUUCUUCUCUUUCAUUGUUUCCUUCAUGUUGUCUUUCAUUUCUAUUCUAUUUUCUUACACAUUCUGUUGUCCUAUCAUUUAUCUUUUGUUCUUUCUUUUUAUCUUCUCCUCAUUCUAUUCUGUCAAUUCUAUUCCCUUUCUCUCUUUUCAGUUCUUCCUCUUCCUCCUCCUCCUCCUCCUCUUUAUAUUUAUUUCCCUCCCAGUUUUUCCUUUGUUGCUGUAUAUAUUUAAUUUCUUCAUCUUUAUUCUGA